AUGACCUGCAGCUCUUUCUGCAGUGCGACUCUAGGGACGGACGUCUCACUAUUCGAUCACACCUCCGGCGCCUCUGUUGCACCUGCUGCCGAUGCUGACAGUGCAGUUCGCUCGCAGUGGACCACACGUGACGCUGCUGCUCGCCUUGCUGUUCGUAGUCACCUGCCGUCUGCUGAGCGCGCGCACUUUAGCCAGUACAAGACUGCUAAGUCUUUGUAUGACGCUGUUGUUGCGCGCUCCUCCUCCACUACCUCUGCUGCCCUCAGCCGCCUCAUGCUACCGGACCACUUCCUCUCCCUUUGCCCCACCGAGCUCACCGUUGACCUCCUUGAGGAGCGCCUCCUUGCAGCUAAGAAGAGCAUAAUCACUGUAGGAGCCUCUCGUGGUGACCCUCGUGCCCCUUUCUUUGAGGGGUGCUCCCCCGUCCCCCUUUUGCCCACUGUUGCCUCUGCUGCUGCUGUCGACCUCGUUGGCACCGAGUCGGUCGGGGCUGCGUCUGCUCCUAGUGGGAGGCGCCGCAGCGGCAAGGGCAAGGGGGGCAAGGGUGGUGGAGGGGACGGCGGGGGCGCCGGUGGUGGCAGUGGAGGAGGUGGAGGGGGUGGAGGUGGAGGUGGGGGUGGCGGCGGGAGUGGGGGCUUAGGUGGCGGUGGUGGAGGUGGAGGCGGCGGCGGCAGCGGCAGUGGGGGUGGCGGCUGCGGUGGUGCUGGUCGGGGUGGAGCUGUGCAGCGGGGAGGCUUUGGCGGUGGCCAGCGCCAGCAGCAGUAG